AUGGAUCCUGUCAAGGCCAAGGCACGAUGGGCAUCGCAGCGUCGCGUGCCGAGAGCUUCACGCGCGUGCGAGACGUGCCGCUCUCGCAAAACCAAGUGUGACCAAGCACAGCCUUGCUCAUAUUGUGCCUAUCAUUCAUUUGACUGUAUUUAUCGCACCUCUAGUGGUCGUGGGCCAGCUAGAGGAUCUGUAUCUGAGAAAAAGCGAGUCGUCCGAAGUUCGCAUCAAAAUCAGGAUAAAGCUGCGCGCCCAUCACCAUGGCCCGGAGCAUGCCAGAGCAAUACUGAGACAAACCCACAUUCUCGAGAAGCCGUAAUUCCCGGGCCUUCUUAUCAUCUGUUGGGAGAGACAAUUCGCAGAUCAGAUUCGGCUGAGCGGAAUCCUGCCACUCCGGACACACUAACUGCCUCAUCGAUACAAAAUGACGAAACGCCCACUGUGCACUCAGAGAUCGGCGAUGCAGAAUCUCGAGACGGCUUGAGUGGAGUAAACAUUCACACCAAAGGAACUGAAUUCUACGGCAACUCGUCAAACCUAGCAUUCCUAGGAAACCUCUACACAAGAGCAAAGAACCAAGCAGACACACGUGCUUUCGAAUGUCCAGCUACAAGGUCCUAUACGACAGCUGCUACAAACAGAUCACAACCACUUUCACCUGCAACCGUCACAGGGGUAAGGCCGCUGUCUAGCAAGGCACAGCUUUCCAUCGUGAACUUGCUGUACAACGCAGACUACACCGGUCAACCUUCGCCACAGUCACUCAACAGUGUCGAAUGUGCAGCGAAAAGCAGUCCUUCAUUCACCGCCGGCCAAGACGAUGCCGGUGCUGUCAAUAGUGCCCAAGAUAUCAGUCUUCCCGCUGUGUUCUUCAAUCUAUCAAACACAGCUCGACUUGAGAUUGAAAAGAUCUUCAUCGGCAGCUACUUCACCAACAAGCACUAUAUUCACCCCGUCCUGACCAAGGGUUCAUUCAUGCGCCGCUGCGAACGGGAAGCAUGGCCUAUUCCCAAACGUACCCCUCUCUUCCGUGGUGCUGUCAAAUUUGCCGGGCUAUACUUUGCCGUCGUAGCGUUGGGCGCGAUCAAUGCCAGUCCGAACGAGACGGCCCUCCUCGACCACUUUUGUCAGCAGCUCGAAGAUGCAGAUAAAACGGUUCCGCCUAAUACACGAUUUUCAGCCCUGGAUUUCGCCAACUUCUACUUUGACAUCGCGAAGCAGGCACUUGGUGAUCUAUUCGAGAGUAGUUGUCUUGAGACUGCGCAGGCGCUUUUUCUCAUGAGUGUGUUUCGUCAGAACUCGUUGCAGCCGCAUAGUUGCUACAUGUAUAGCGGGAUGGCUGUGCGAACAGCGGCAGCUAUCGGGUUGGCCUCGAGUAUGUCUUCUUUGCCUCUGCCUAUGCGGAUGGAAGCAAAGCGCACGUGGUGGUGUAUCUACUCCCAUGAGAUCGAAAUGUGCUGUUCCUCCGGACGACUAGACAGCAUGAAAGAUUUACGCUACUAUCAGGUUUCCCUGCCAAAGCUCAAGGUGAACGUCGGCUCCCUUGAACCCGACGCAGAAGACAACGAUAUAGCCAUGAUCCCCACAAUGGUCUCUCUCGCACAGAUAAUGUCCGAAGCCUCCCACCAACUCUACCACUCAACGCAGCGCUCAAUGGGCGAAAAAUCCCGACUCGCCAUGACCCUAGACGCGCGUCUCUUAGACUGGAAAGCGAAUAUACCGUCCUUUCUCAACCCAGAUGCAACGACACUAAAUGAUCCCGAAUGGGCAUUCAAACAGAAACUAGUCCUAAGACUGCGAUACUAUAACACCCGCAUCUUAAUUCACAGACCCUUCCUCGUCGCGGCAACGUCCAACACGCACUCCGACGAGUUCCGUCACCAUCUUCAUAUAUGCCUUGAAGCAGCGCGGAACAGUAUCACGAUGCAAUACGAAUCCUUCAUGCAUCGAAUUUACAUUCGAACUUGGUGGUACAACACUACCUACGCCCUCUACGGCUCGAUGAUCCUUCUCCACCUCAUUCUAUCUAAUUAUCCCAAUCUACCAGACGACGAACUCCUCGAAGAUGUGGAGAAGUCAUUGCAGAUCUUCGAGUCGAUGGACGAUAUCGUCGUUGCUAGACGGUGUGCCGAGAUGUUGAGAGAGGUACUCGAGGUUGCCGGGACGUGUCUGCUAAGGAGGCGGCGUGGGGAGAACGGUGGUGUGGUGGAUCGUAGAGGGUCUGGACUGGCUGUCACUGGCUCUAGCUCUGGGGCUGGGAUUGAUGCUGCAUCUGGAGCGAAAGCGAAAGCUUGCGAGUCGUCUGAUGGGUGUACGCCGCCCGCGAUUGGGACGGGUACGGCUUCUUUCGCGUGUGGCGGCUCUUCGUCUACGACUAGGGUGUCGCUCCCGAGUCUCGAUGUGGACGCACAAGCAUACGGCUCGUCGGGUGCUCCUGCCCUGCCUCUCGAGAAUAUGAUCACCAGCGAAGGACUGGAUGAUCGCUCUACCGAGGAAGAUUUUUUUUUCUCCCUCUUCAGCCAAGAUCCCGGCCAGCCACCAGACCGAACACGCACAGAAAUGCUCGCAAACCUGGUCGAUCCGUCUAUACUGGAGGAUUUCGCUUUUGGCCAGGAGAUGUCUUUCUUCUAG